CAUUUACAAAGGUAUAGUUGGUAAAAAAAGGCGUAAUGAUUUGUGCGUGUACUUUACUGUAAGGGCAUCGUUGUUGCAUUAUAUAUAUCGUAGGUGUAGAGGAUAACGCAAAGCGUCUCAUUCCGACGUUUUGGUAGGGGAUAAAGACUUAGGUCACGUGAUUGAGCUGCGUUUGAGCGCACUAACCAGAUUGUAAAUAGCACGUGUAUAUAGGAGUAAUAGGCAGAGGCGAUAGAUAAGUGGAUUUUGUAGCUCGCUAUGAGUUCAGGCAAUAAAUCGUUGGUGUCCUCCGGUGGGAGAGGAACCAACAAAAGUAAGUCUCAACAUCAUGGCAAAUCAGAUCAGCAUCAUUCUAAGACUACAGAUACGGCUAGACAUGAAAAAGGACAAUCUAACAAAGACCAGGCGAAACAUGCACAAAUAAUUGAUACUCGACCAGGUGGAAUUGAAGAUCCAGGUUUGAAGGAUCAGAUAAAGCAAAUCAUGGAGGUGACUCGUAAAUCAGAGGACGAGGUUAUCAUGGCCCUUCAUGACAGCGAUUGGGAUUUCAAUCGUGCUGUGAAUGACCUUCUCGAGGGCGUUUCUUCCGAGUGGGAGGUGAAAAAGAAGAAACCUCGUCAGCCAAGUGGUUCCAAGCAGGGCGCUGACCAGUCCGGCGAUCAUGAUGAAAGUGGAGGUGGUGAUUGGGAAGAAAGGCGUCAUCAGCGAGGUGGUGGUCCUCCUCGUCUUCGGGGUCGGGCUAAUCAUGAUAAUCGCGGUUUAAUUUCAGGGCGUGGUCGAGAAAAUAAGGAAAACGAGAGGAACAUGGAGGACAACGUACGCGAGGGUGCUUUCGGUGGUGGCCGACGUGGCCGAGGAGGACCAGGUAGAUCCGGUCGCGGUGGAAGAGGUGGUGGCCGAGGUCUUGGCCCACGUACUUUUGCCAAUCGCGGUGACUCUUCCUCUGGUGCCCAUAGUUUCAACCGCCCUAUCGACACCUGGACUGGCAGCGAAGAACAGCAGCAGAGCAAUCAAGAAGCUAAAAUAGCAAGUGAUCCCUGGAACAACUUGGAACCAUCGGAGGACUGGGAAAAUGAAGAGUACACUGGCUCUUUGGCUGACACCAAGGUUUUUACACCCAGCACAUCAAUGAACGAUCAAGUGACAAUGGAAGAAUCUAAUAUUACGUCGGAGACAGUUGUACAAUCAAACGUUCAAUCUGGUAAUCUUGGUGGACUGCCUCAAGAAGAUUUAUCUAAAUUAACUGAAGUUCAGGUAAUGCAGUCGCAGCAAUCAUCAAUGAUUCAAUCACAGUCUUCGCAAUCUCAACAGUCUCAACAGGCGCUUGGUAUGCCAACGCAGAUGCAACUGUCACAGCAGUCUAAUACAUUAACUGCUGCUCAGAGUCAAUAUCUCACUCAAUUAACUCAGCAGACCAGCGAAAAUUAUAAGACGGCAAACCAGUCCGCUUUCUCAUCCAUGGCUAUUUCUGGACAAACUCAGAGGCAAACCAAACAACGCCCGCGGGUUCCACCACCAUCGAAAAUUCCUUCAAGUGCCGUAGAGAUGCCAGCUGAUACUGUCAACAGCAACAUAGGCUUUCUAGAUGUACAAUUCGGUGCUAUGGAGUUUGGUAACGACACCACCACUAUCGAUGCUACAGCCAAUGAUAAAUACAACUCAUCAUCUGCAAAUAUUUCCGGUAUCGAUGUAUCUUCCAAUGUGGCUGCGUCAGGUAUUGCUAAUUCUACAACUUCAUCAAAUACUUUAGACAUUGAUACAGCACAACAAGGUGGUUCUUACAAUGCAUCGUCUCAAAUAAUCGCAUCACCAAACAACGCUGGUGUCACUUACGGCAACACCAGCACAAGUUCAGCAACGUACCAGUCUCAAAAAACGUCAUAUCAAGGAACUAAUGCAGCAUCAUCAAACAGUUACAAUGCGUACUCUUCAACUGGUGGACAAUCAGUCCAGUCAUCCUUCCCAACGGUUCCUGGUGGCAACACCAACAGCUAUACAACGACAACAUCAGUUUCGCAGUCUGGUUACAGUGGCUCUUAUCCUCAAUCGAACGCUUCGACCUUCAGUCAAGCCUCUCCGUCAGCGCCCUCAUCUACGGGCACAUCUGCGUACAAUCAAACUACUGCGUCUAACCAAGGAUACCAGUCAUCAAGUGGAUUUGUCCCGGCAACAACCGCUCAGUAUCAAGGACAGCAAUCAGCCAGUACUGGAGUUAACAGCAACACUGGCUAUCAGGCAUCAAACUAUCAGGGUACCUCUUCAUUCCAAUCCACUUCACAGGCCUAUCAACCGUCUGCUACAACAUUUACAUCUCCCAUGACUCAGGCGAAUAGCAGCGCCUAUCAAAAUACAGCGCACUCGGUUUAUGCAAGUGCCUAUGGCAAUUAUAACACUCAAUCACAAACGCCAUCGCACACUCACACAAAACUAAGUACUGCAUCUGGUAAAGAUUCCCAGUAUGACAACGUAACAACGAGCAGCAGCUCUUUAGCAACGACUACUGCACCAGCAUUAGGACUGUCCUCAACUUCUGUGAAUAGUUCGCAGACUAAAGUGUCAAGUUCAAAUGCUGUGCCAAAAAGUACAUCGAGUGGCAGCACGGGAACAGGGACAAGUGGAAGCAUUGCCGGAGCCAGCAGCGCGGGAGGAACUGCUAGUAGCAUGACUCCUAUGCUAAGUCAUCAGUAUAUUAUGAGUCAAGGUGUACCUUAUCCGACGUUUCAGCAGCCACUGUACAGUUACGAAGACUUGCAACUGAUGCAGCAGAGAUUACCCCACAUGCCAACUACUGGUUACUAUGACGCGGCACUGGGGUAUCAGACGACUGGUCCAGCAACAAGCCUCGGAGGUGGAAGGAGCGACGCAUUAUCGGGUGUUCAAGGAGUCCAAGGUGUCCAAGGAGUCCAAGGUGCCUACACCAGUAUAAGUGAUGGAAGAUUUGCGAGGAACGACAGCAACGCUUCACCAGUUCCAUCAACAAUGUCGCAACAGACUGCAACGCAACAUCAGCAACCAAUGAUGAAUCCGGCAUUGCCGCCCGGUUACGCUUAUUUUACUUAUGGAGGUAGUAUAAUGCCAGGAAGUUUUCAGUAUAGUGGACCUAUUUAUCCACAAAUGGCAACAGCGGGAAAUGCCGGCACGAACAGCGGUGCAUACAACGCUAAGCCUGGUAGCUACGGUUCUGGUUACGGUGGAGGUGCCAGCUACGAUACACUCACUAAUGCUGGGCCAACUGGUGACUACAAAGGCGCUGGUAGUGGAUAUACUGGAACUCAGACUGGUAAGACUGGUACUUCUACGGGCAACAAUAAUUCAGGAGCAUCAUCAGCCACUGAUAUUGGCGCAACGAUGUACGCCAAAAGUCACGUUGCUCUUAGCAAAGUAAAUUCAUAUGACAAACAGACUUUCCACUCGGCAACACCGCCGCCCUUUGGUUUGACUGGUAACCAGACUGCAGGAAUGCCUGGUGGUUAUGGUGCUCCGCACUUGUUUAUUUCAACAAUGCCACAUACACAGCAUCUUCAUCAGCCAUUGCAUCAGGACGGUGGCAGUAGCUCUGGACAAAGAUCUAAUACAAGCUCGCAAAAUAAAGCACAGGCUAAGCCCGGCUAUAGUUCAAACUACUGGACUGCUGGUAAUUAAAUGUUUUACACGAGAAGCAAAAAUUUAUUCUCGUGUCUUCCAUGUGCUUACUCAUGAGGAAGACGUAUUUAAAAAUUAGAGAAAUAGAGUUGGACGUUAACAGAUACAUAUACACAUAAUUGCGCGGAUAUGUACGCACGAAAUAAUAAAAAAACAAAAUUUUUUUAAAACUGAUAAAUAAAAAGUAAUUGAAAAAAAAAAAAAUUGAAAACGAGCUAACAUACGCCUUCGCCGCCCGCGAGAUACACAGACUCGAAUGAAUUCGCCUAUUCGACUUAAGUGAUACUUGUUUAUUAUCCGUCUUUUUAUUAUUAUAUUUAUGUUUAUUUCUUUCGUGUAUUGUAGAAAAUUUUGUAAAGUGAACAUAUAAACAUGUCGGUUGAUAUCAAUUAAUCAUCGGGAAUAAAUCAUUAAAAAAAGGAAAAAAACAAACAAAUUUAUUAUUUUUUUUUUUUUGAAUUGUCUGAUUUUUGUGUGGAAUUAUACUGCGAAAAAUUAAAAGUGCAAUCGCUAACACGUGACCAUGUGGUUAGCGGUAGUUGUAACUAGCCGUUGAUUCUCAUUAUUGAUGACUGAUAAAUAUUUAAAUUGAUGAGUGAGAGGGCGGCUACGGUAUUUUGACACGUGGGCUCUCGUACUGUAAAUUUGAAUCCUGCUACGCUGGAUAUUUAGAUAAAAUUUUCCUCGCUGUAGAUGACGAUUAUAAACAAAAUAUUUUUUACAUACUAGUAAAUACUUGUUUAGUAGUCGAUUUUUUUUCUAUAUGUAAAAUCAGAGUGACAAAUUAUUAAUCGAUAUAUGCACUGAUUGCACUUUAAUAAAAGAUGACACCAAAAAAAAGUAAAUUAAUUAAUCAAAAAAUUUUUACAAAAAAUCUUCCGUAGACUAUUCCAUUUUUUUUUCUUACGCAAAUUCUUCCUCGCCAAAUAAUGAUUACUUAAGCUUCUAUAUAUUAUGUUUAUUGUCCAUAUAACAAUUCUUAUAUAUACAUAUAUAUCUAAUAAAAAAAAGUAUAAUUAAUUUAUCUAUAGCGAUUUAUUAUAAAAGAUCCGUUGAUGAUAUCAUUUGUAUUGCUCUAUAUAAUGAAAUUACUGUUUAAUAUCUAUGAUUAAAUGUUUGAUAAUGCACGAGAGUUGUUAGUUAUUUCGCUUUAUUUAUUAAGUAUUAAUGGUAGUACGAAUAAUUAUUAUUUUUCUAACGAUUGAAACAGUGACCAAAGCAAGAGAAGAAAAAAUAAGGAUCGUAUAAAAUUUAUAAUGCGGAAUUAUCUGCUUGGCUUAUCGCGGAGAAAAUUUAAUGACGAAGCGUAUUAUUAUUUUUAUUAUCGGUGUCAUAUGACUCUGAAUAGUAUCGAGAGUCCUGUGUUUUAGUAAACGUAUUCAAUUUAUUUCUUCUGUAAUAAUUAAAUCAAAUUUAAUCGCUCGAUAAUUGUUAUCCUCGAGGGCGAAGGAUUAUGAGAGACAAUUUUGUUUCCUAACAAAUAAAGUAUAUAUAUAAAAACAAAAAAAAAAACAAAAAAUACAAAAAAAAGUAGCUCUUAUUAACUAAAAAAAAAAUAAGGAAAAGAAAUUUGUCUCAAUAAUAGAAAAUAGUAGAUUACACACCUAGGGAGGAGAGUAGGACAUUUCAGGCCGUGUAUAAUUGACUGCUCGAGCUGAAGAUGAAGGUGGCAACGACACGGAUUAGGACGUCCUACUUUUCUCUGGUGUAAAUCAAUUUUUCACUAGACCUGUACCUGAAAGUUUGAAUUUUUGCCUGUUUGUGAGAAGAAUGGCGCACGCGCUAAUUUUUAUCAUAAGUUUUUUCAAACGAAAAGAAUGAAUUUCUUUCUAAAAACAGGGCAGGAAUUUAAACUUCCGGUGCAGGUAUCAUGAAAAAUUAGUGUAUUACACACCUAGGGAGGGAAGUAGGACAUUCUAACCCGCGUUUUUAAUUACUACUUGAACCGAAGGCGUGAUUGGGAAGUCCUCUACUUCCUUCUGUGGUGUGAAUAAAAUUUUUCACCAGAUCUAUACCUGAAAGUUUAAAUUAUUAUUUCCCAAGCGGCACAAAAAAAGAUUGUUGAUAUUUUGUUACAUUUGUCAACAAUUGAUUGCAUGACGAAAAAUUGUCGCGCUAAAUUUGAAAAAAAGUCGACAAUUUUUUUGUGCCGCUUGGGUUUCCUCAUAAGAGAAAAGAAUGACUUUCUUCCCUCUAAACAGAACAGGAAUUUAAACUUCCGGCGCAGGUAUGGUGAAAAAAAUCUCUUCUUUUUUUUAUACAAUACAAUACAAAAAUGUAUAUGAGUAGAAAAUGAUGAAAUAUUAGUUUAUGGAGAAGAAUAUAAAAAAUUUAUAUUAAUAUUGACCAAGUCGUCUCAUCGGCACGUUCAACGAGGCUUAUUUAAAAGCAACUGUUUUGAUCUGGCUAGUUUGUUCAAUUGUAUAAGUAAACAAUACAGUAAGACUCCAUACUUACGUCCUCAGUAGACGGACAUUGAUAUAUAAUUAAUUAGUCACCAUCAAGACAAACCAAUAACGUCUACUAUGAUCCUGAUAGUGUUGGCAGCUUGGUAAUGUGCCCAUUUACCAACUCGUCAAGUAAAAUUAUCCGAUCUGUACUUAUUAUGUACAACGACAGCUCCAGCUUUUUAAAUCCCAUUCAUAUAUUAUACAUAUAUAAAUAUACAUAAAAAAAACACUUAAAUUUCACGCUCGCACGUAUAUACUAAAUUUACAAAUCAUGUUAAGUUGAAUCAUGAGCCAAUGUCAUGGAUGUAAAAUAUUCAUAAAAUUUGAAUUUAAAAAAAAAUUAAAUGAUGGAUAUAAAUUUUAAAGGAGAGAUCAUUUUUUCUUUUAGUUACAAGUAUUUUUUUUAAAUUAAGUUUAAUCAUAUAUAAUGUAAUAAUACGUGAUUGAUAAUUGACAGGCAGUAUGUAGUAAGUGUAAUGUACGAUGAAAAUAAAAAUAAUAUCGAAUUAAAAAGUGCAAGUUGAUUACAGUAAUACUUUUAAUAGGUACAACACGAAUAAGUAAUAUAAUAAUAAUAAUAUUAAUAAUAAUGAUAAUGAUAAUGAUAAUAAUUAAUACAUGAUAAUAGUAAGACUUAAAAAUCUGUUUGAUACUGAGACGGCGGAGGUUUGUUUCUCAUAAUGAUUGUCAUAACAUAACUUAAUAAUUUUUGUAUUUUUGUCAUAAAUUUAUCGAUCAAUUGAAAGUGCAAAAUGCAUUAUGCCACUACCGCUAACUAGUAUGUAUAUAUAUACAUAUAUAUGUGUAUGUAUAUAUUUACAUAUAUAUAUAAAUUUGAAUAUAUAUAUAAUAAAAUUAAUAAUACUAUUGUGUAUAAAUAUGAAUAUCUCGAAAUAAAUGUAUCAAUAAAAAAAAGUUAAUCAA